UGUCUCUCUUUCUUUCUCUCGCUCUCUUUCUUUCUCUCUCUUACACACACACUGUUGCACACCAGCGAGGGUCUUUGUAGUUUGUUGCGGUUGAUUUACUGCUCUUCUAAACUUUCACAACUUCAUUUCUCUAUAUUUUCCCACACUCAUGUGCCCUCUCACUCUCUCUCUAACGCUCUUUCUCUCUCCGUCUCUCUCUCUCUCUCUCUAGCUACACUUUCAUACAGCCUCGGUUCUACUGCAGUCAUUUGGUUCUUCACACUCACUCUAACCAUUUGAGGACCUUUUUAAUGUUGGGGUUUGUUUGCGCCGGGUGUAAUGCUUGAAUCUUCUCACAACUCUCUUUAGCUCUAGAGGAUGGAGAAAAUGAAACUCUUAAACAACCGUCAACUCACUUUGUGGCGUCUAUGCAAUGCUUUGCUCCUGAUUGUAGUUCCUUCUGUUACUGCCAAGUACAGUUACCUCAACACUGAACAUCCCAAAAUCUUUAAUCGUCCAAAGGACGCUGCAGCUUUUGGUUAUCAUGUUUGUCACUUUGGGUCUGACAGUGUUUUAGUAACAGAUCCUCUGUAUAAUAAUGGGACAGGCAGUGUGCAUAAGUGUGUGUAUAAGGAUGAUCAGUGUGAGCAGCUCAACAUAGAAGUGGAGUCAGACGGAGCAUUGGGACUUUCCCUGGCUUGCACUGAUCACCGUGCUGUGGUCUGUAGUCCUCAUGUCCAGCAAGAGUGUGAAGGAUUUCAUUAUUUGCAUGGUGUGUGUGUGGAGCUGAAUAACUCUUUCAAACAAACUCACACACACAAACCUGUUUUCCAAGAGUGUCAGAAGAUUCCCCCACUCGACGCAGUGAUUCUGUUUGACGACUCUCUGAGCAUUACGGAUGGAGAUUUCAAAAAAAUGAUCAAUUUCAUCAAAGAUGUAAUCAGAUCCUUCACCAACCCACGAGGACAGGUGGCUGUAGCGAAGUUCUCCACCCAGGUCUCUGCAGUGUUUCACUUUGAAAAUUUUGCUGCAGACCGAAACGCAGACAAGCUGAUGUCAUUAGUCACACACAGUAAAGGAAACACAUACACACCUUCAGCUAUACGCUUCGUACUAAACGAGAUGUUCCAGGAGAAGGUCGGAAUGAGGAACAACUCCCAGAAGCUGCUGGUUGUCGUCACGGACGGGAAAUCUAACGAUCCAAACGACAACUUCACCUCCGUCAUCGCUCUGGCCAAUGAGAAAGGGGUGACCCGCUUCGCCAUCGGGGUGGGUAAUGAGUACACUCGGGAGGAAUUGCAACAGAUCGCCACAGAACCUCGUUACGUGUUUGAGACGCCAGAUUUCAGUUCUCUUUCCUCUAUUGUCUCUCAGCUUACUGAGAGGAUCUUCAGCAUUGAAGGUACAAGCAUGGGGAACUCCAGUUCUAUCCAGCUUGAACUCUCUCAGGGAGGAUUCAGUGUUGCACUUUCUGAGGACGUGAGUGUGUUUGGUGCAGUUGGAACCUUCUCAUGGUCAGGUGGGUUGGAGGAGAAAAUCCCAGGUCUGAACGCUUCCUUCAUCAACGCAUCCAGUGUGGAGGAGAUGAACAACUCCUAUCUGGGUUACUCAGUCGCUAUGGCAACAGUUUUGGGGGCUCGUGUUUACUUUGCUGGUGCUCCAAGACACAAACACGAGGGAGCCGUGUUUGGAUUCACGCAGGACGCACACACACACUACUGGAGUGUCACGCACACUGUCCGGGGAACUCAGUUGGGGUCGUAUUUCGGGGCGGAGCUGUGCGUGGUCUACGGUGCUGAUGUUGUAUUGUUAGCAGUCGGGGCUCCAAUGUUUUACACCGCUGGAGUUGGAGGAGAAGUCCACAUAUGCUCUGUGGAGACAGGAGCACUAAACUGUUCGGGGGUGCUGAGGGGGGCCGCGGGGAACGCAGGCGGCAGGUUUGGCUCCGCCCUCACAGCUCUACAGGACCUGAAUGAAGACAGUAUGAUGGAGCUGGCAGUGGGAGCGCCUCUUGAAGAAAAGGGCAAAGGGGCUGUUUAUGUCUUCACUAGUUACAGGCGUGGGUUCAGAUCCAAAUAUACACAGAGGGUGAGUGGUGCAGCAGUAAAGCCCACUCUGCAGUAUUUCGGAUUGUCUCUUCACUCUGUGGGAGAUCUGAGCUCAGAUGGACUUCCUGAUCUGGUGGUUGGAUCUGGAGGAGCUGCUACAGUACUCAGGACGCAGCCAGUUAUAUGUGUGCCUGUGUCAAUCACACUGGAUCCACCAAUCAUAGCUCAGAACUUAUUUCAUUGCUCUGCCCCUCGCGGCCUCAACACCCCUAUCGCCACGGCAACUGUGUGUCUUGAACUGAAAGAGGUUUCUAUAGGAAACAUAAAGAGUCCUCUUCAUGCUGAUGUAUCAGUGUUUCUGGAGUUAGAUUCAGGCUCUGUUUCUCCUCGUCUUGUCUUCUACCCGGGGUCCAGCACUUCACACUGGAACACGACUGUCAAUAAGACGUCAGUGUGUCACAGCGUCAACAUCGCCAUCCAGAAUUGUAUAUCAGACUACCAGGGUGUUCCUCUGUCAGGGAGACUCACAGUUAGAGGACAUGAAGUGGAAUCAGGACUGAGACCCAUCGUGCAUCCCGACUGUCCCAACACACACACCAUUACACACACGGUGUUACUGGAGAAGGUGUGUGGUGAAGAUCAUGUAUGCGUGUCAGACCUCAGUGUGUCUCUCAACGUCAGCAGUAACAUGGUGGUUAAGAUAGAAGGUUUCAGAGUAAAUGUGUCUGUGGUGGUGAUUAAUGGAGGAGAAGAUGCCUCAGGCACGGAGCUAGCCUUUCUUCAUCCCUCUCUCCUGUUGUUCACUCGCGUCACUCAGGUGGAGUCAAUUGGCCAUGUGGAGUGCUCAUCCCAGGAAGUAGGCGUAGCGAUGAACCUUACACACACAACGUGCAGACUGAGAUCGGCUAUCUUUAGACAAAGAGCCAAGAUGGUGCUCAUCAUGUCCUUCCAGCUGUCUGAGGCAGCAGCUCUUGGGGACCGAGUGGACGUGAAUGUGACAGUUAAAAGUAAGAAUGAGAAUCCAGGAACUCUUCAUGACAACCAUGCGAGUGUAUCCUUACCCGUUAAACGCCUCGUCCACUUCCUGCUGAGAGAUGGUGACUCUCCACAGUAUAUCCUUUACAAUAACUCUGCUUUGCUCCGACACACAUAUAAGCUGACCCGUGCAGGCGAUCUCUCUCCUCCAGUCAGUGUGGUGUUUGUGUUGAAGACACCUUCUGGUUUAACAUGGGAUGUUUCCUCUCCUGGAAUUAAUGCCACUAGAACAAAGUGUGAAAACCCAGAAUUGCUGAAACCAGACAAAACUUCACAAUACCGUCAGAAAUGCCAAGACUCCAGCUGUCAUCUGAUUAGCUGCUCUGUUAGCUUCUUACCCAGAGACCAGCCCAUCACAUUUGACUUUAGAGGAAAAAUACAAAAACAAACACAGGUGCACAAUGUUAAUGUGGAGAGCUGGGGUUUGGUCUCCUUUGAUCAUAAUCAAUACACACAGUACCUUAAUGAGGACGAUUUACAGCUCACGAUCGUAACAUUGGUAGACUCACCUUCUCUCGCCCAGAUUGCACUGAUUGUCUCUCUGUCCGUGCUGUUUGGUGUUUUAGUGAUGAUUUUUAUCUUCGUCAUGCUGUAUAGGGUUGGGUUCUUUAAAUCUAAAUCUUUUGAACAUGCCGCUCAGGAUGCAGGAGAACCAACAGCACCCCCUGGAGGAGAGAAUGACUCCAACACACCAGCUGAAAACACUGAUGGACAAACAGCAGGCAGCGACACACACACAGCAAACCCCAAUACGUCCAAUAACUGUAAUGUUGCUCACGUUGUUGAGGAAACAACAGUUCUGUAGCGGGAGGGAGUGUGUAAGGUUAGGGUUAGUUUGACGAUUCUUCGAAGCGGACAGUACCCGUUCUAGUGCCUACACACCCCUUGCAUGUCACAGGAGUUCGGCUGGGAGUUAUUGCCACAUCCCCCGUACAGUCCUGAUCUCCAUCCACACCAUUUACACAUUUUGGGGCCAUUGAAGGAGUUACUGGGCGGCGUACUGAGAACCCAAACUUUUUUACCUUGAUGGUAUCCAAGCACAAUCAAAAGUCCCGCUUUGACUUGAACGACCGCCCAUAUUAUGUAUAGUUAUUGUUAUAUUAGAAAAUAUACAUUUUAUAUACAAAAAAAGAAGAUAAAUGAAUAAAAAUUUGCACUUUCCUCUUGUUUCUCCACACAGGUCUACAUUAAAUUGAAAACAUUACAUAAAUAACAAGAUAUAUACUCUGCCUGGACAAAAAGGUUUUAGCUUUAGCCUUUAGCUGUGAUUACACACACACACACACACACUAAUGAAUAUUAAUGAGUCUAUUGCUCACUUCGUAGCCUUGUGGUGUCUAGUUUAUAUGUGAAAAUCAUUCCUCAUGCCGUUCUUUCACACUCCAUGCUGUAGGUUAGGAACUGAUAAACUGCAUCCGGGCGGGGCGAGGAGCAUCACACCCUCACACCUGGAUCAGUGUGUUUACAGAGCAAUCAUUCAUUUCCCUUAAUAAAUGUAAUAAAGCUGUUGUAUGUGGU